AUGGCCAUCUUGGCCAGCAUCCAACAGAGCUCCCCAGAGAAUCGGGACGCACGAGCACAGCCAGCACGGCCGACGCAGAGCUCAGCUGUAGCUUGGCCAGAGUGGCCUAGCCAGGCGUCGGCGCCGACCGCGCCCGCGGCACCGCCCUUGCCCGCGCCGACCACGCCGCCGGCGCUUCCGGAGCCCGCAGAGCCUCCUGAGUGGAUGCCCUGGCCCCGCUUCAGUGCGGCCCUGCAACGUGGAGAGCCCUUGCGGGCGCCCUCCGCCCGCUGUGCCCACAGCGUGGCUUCGGGACGGAGGAAGGCUUUGCUGAUUGCCCUCAACUACCCUGGCACCCCCGCGGAGCGGCGGUGCGGGCGGAAUGACUUGGAGAGGGUCACACAGAUCCUGUUGAGGCUGGGAUUCCAAGAGGAAUGGAUCUUGAAGCUCUCAGAUUGUGAGCCCGGCACCGACCGCCGGGAGACCAAGGGUCGUGACGUGACCAGCAAGUCGAACUUCGUGGCGGCCUUACAGUGGUUGACCCACAACGUGGUCUCAGGAGACGUGCUGUUCUUCCAUUACAGCGGCCACUCGGCGCUCCACGAGGAGGGGAACGCGCUGCUGGAUGCCUACUGCCCCAGCGACUUCGCCGAGGCGGGCCAUUUGCCAAGUCGCGAUUGCUAUGAGCUAGUCUCUACCCUGCCGAAGGGAGUCCGGUUGACAAUGCUGGUGGACUGCUGUGUUCCCUGCUCCUGUCCGCAGCUGCCCUUCCAGUGGAACGCACAGAGCCUCCAAUGGAGCGAAGACGCCGACGCCUCGUCGUUGGCGCCCACGGCGGCGGCGGACAUCGUGGGCUUGGGUGGGGCCUCAGAGGCAGAGAUGAGCCCGGAGCAACUGACAGAGGCGUUGCGGGCAGAGCAGGGGCCCAUCACUGAAGCAUUCCUGCAGGCGAUGCAGGAGCUGGCGGCCCGGCGGAAGGGCCCGGUGACCUUUGCUGAGUUGCUGGAAGGCGCCUCUCUGCGGCUGCAAGGCACGGCGCACGCGUUCUUGCAGCUCUCGGCUACGCGGCUCUUCGAUCCCAAGAGCCGCAGCUUCCGCUUCUUCGAUGCCAUCGAGACCUGUUGGACGCGACGGAGGAUGACGGAGGCGCGGCUGAUGGAGUUUCAUAGCCCUAUGGAGCUGACCAUGAUCAUCAACGCCGCGAGCAAGUUGCGCAUCAGCGAUGAGGAGCUCUACCAUCGCUUCGUGGCCCAUGACAUGACUUGCAUGGGCACUGAAGCCUUUCAUGUCCGCGAUAUUUCCGUCAUCGUCACAGCCUUGGCACGCGUGAACUGCGUCGACGCCAAGACCAUGAGUCGCUUCUGCGACGGGGUGGUGCCCACCUUGCCGGAGGCCACACCCUUGGAGUUGGCCCGACUCAUGUACGCCUGCAUGAGCGUCUCCUGCCACGCGCACGACUUGUUCACCGCUUGUGUGUUGCAUAACCGCGAGAAGGCGUCUUCCAUGGAUCCCACCGCGCUGUCGAAUGCCGCCUAUGCCUUUGGCCAGUGCUUCGAGGUUGCAGAAGUGUCGCACCUGCGCUAUUUGCAGAAGAUCUUCCGUCACUUGCGCCUUGCUUCGGUGGCCAGCUUGCCGCUGUUCCUGCCGCGGGAGAUCGUGGGACUUCUAAAGACUUACGCCCGUUGGCAGAUCACCUUCGACUGUGGCCAGUUGUGCAAGGUGGCAGAUCGAAUGUUGGCCUGCAAAAAGCACUUUGACAUGGAGACCACGGUGAAUGGCUUGCACUGCUUAGCCCUGCUGAUGCAGCGGAAUGCAGUGCGCGGAGAAAGUGGCUCCAGUCAGGCUGCAUGGGAGGCGCAUGUCGGCCACGGGCGUGGGUUCGUGGUGAAGGUCGUCAUGGUCGUCAUGCAACGAAAGUGCGUGGUGGAGAAGACUGGGCUGCUUCCUUGGAUGUUGGGGGCAGUCAUGCUGGAUUUGAUACGAAGUUGA